GACGCGUACACGAGUCGAUUGCGACUUGUUAAAAUGAGAUCUAUUGUGGUGUUUUGUUUAUCUUGUAUUUGCCUGUGUGCUGGAGAGGAAUAUGCGGUGAAAGAAAAUGUAUCAAAUAGUCAAGAAGCUAGAGCCGCAAUCUCAGAUAUGGUGAUGGCUUUUGUGGUUUUUCGCCAUGGCGACAGAACACCAGACCAAGAAGAACUGGACAAGUUCCCAUCAUCAGAUUUAGAUCCGCAAAUAUUCUUUCCAUACGGCAAAAAGUCUCUAACCAACAUUGGAAAGCGAAGAGCAUUCAGCGUAGGGCAGUACUUGAGGAAACGUUACGAUAACAUUAUAUCAAAGUUCUACUUGCCUGAGGAGAUAAAAAUACAAACAACUGACUAUGCCCGUACAAAGAUGACCGCAUUAACUGCUCUAGCAGCCAUUUACCCACCCCCACCACUUCAGCAGUGGCUUCCUAACUUCAAUUGGCAACCAAUACCCUACGACACGCCAUCGCGCAUUGAUGAUGAAUUCUUACCCUAUUUUAACUGUCCAAGGUAUGUACGACUAAAAGAUGAAUUAUAUCAAUUACCAGAAAUCGAAAGCUAUUUGAAGUCAUCGCAGGAUCUCUUAAAAACUCUUAGUGAAAACACCGGAAGUAAUAUAUCGGUGCCCGAAGAUGUAUUCAUUUUGGAUAAUCUAUUUCAAACUCUGAAUAAUGUCAAUGUUUCAACGCCAAAGUGGGCCGAACAAGUAAUGCCAAAGAUAAAAGAAAUGACUGAAAUCGAGUACUCGCUAAUGUAUUACACAGAUGAGCUGAUAAGAUUAUCCGCAGGAGGCUUACUUACAGAUAUAAUUAAUGUAACGAACGCGAAAAUUAAGGGAGACAAGAAGCAGCCCAACUUGUUCCUUUACUCUGCACAUGAGAACAACGUUGCCGCUCUUCUAGCAGCCACCAGAACCUUCAUACCUCAUCAGCCCAAAUACGGUUCCACUGUAUCGCUGGAGCUUUGGAAAGACCGCAUGACCGACGAAUAUUCUUUUAUGGUUGUAUACGCAGCCGAAGCGGGAGGUGAUGGAGUGAUGUUACCAGUGAAUGGAUGCGGAGAUAGGUAUCUUUGCGACUACAAUACAUUCCUCAAACUAACUCAAGAUUACGUGUUACCGCAUAGCGAAUACAAAAAACGCUGCGUAUAGAAUGUAAGAUUGUAAAUGAAGAACAUAGUCGUAUGAAACAGUUUUGCAAUCGAAAAUUAGCUAUAAAUCUUAUAUAAUUGUAUAAUUUGAUAUGCAAAAUAAGUUAUUUACCGAUAUUGAAUAUUGUUUAUAAUAUUUUAUAUAUAUACAUAUAUAGAUAUAAUGUAUCGAAUACUAAUCCAAGACGAUUAUAAAUUACCUUAAUGCUUUAAAAAAUUGUCAAUUUUUAAUAUAAAAGAUGUCUUCUACAUGUAUAUAUUUUAAAUUUACAUCACAUACAGUUUUUCCUCAAGCAUAUAAUAACUUAUUUGUAUAAUAGCAUGUUCAUACAUUAUCUCAAAAUUACAUGGUUGUCAUUUUUAUUAAGUACAUAUAA